AAGACGUCAUUAUCAAUGAAAUUAGAUCAGAAUACAGUUUGUUUAGUUACAGGGGGAGCUUCUGGUUUAGGAUUGGCUACUGUUUUAGCUUUUUUAGCAAAAGGAUGUAAAGUUGUGAUUGCUGAUUUCAAUUAAGUAAUCUAUUUUAUCAUUUCUAUAGGAAGCUGGGAAUUAAAUUUUAUAAGAGUAGAAUACUCCUAAUUUAAAGUUUUUUAAGACUGAUGUUUCAAAUGAAGAAAAUGUAAUUUAAUUGAUCAAAUACACAGUAAAUGAAUUUGGUGCAAUUCAUAUUGUUGUCAAUUCAGCUGGUGUUAUAUCUGCUGGAUAUUUAGUUACACCAAAAGGAACUAUUCCUGUUGAUGAAAUGAUGAGAGUUUUAAAAAUCAAUGUUGUCGGAACUUUUAAUGUAUCAAAACAUGCAGCUGUAGAAAUGAUAAAGCAAGAACCAUAAGGAGAAUUUAAAGAAAGAGGUGUAAUAAUAAAUAUUGCCAGUCUUGCAGGAAUAGAAGGAUAAAAAGGAUAAACAGUUUAUUCUGCAAGCAAAGGAGCUGUAAUAGGAAUGACAUUACCUAUGGCAAGAGAUUUAGGAAAGUAUGGAAUAAGAGUAAUGACAUUGGCACCAGGAGUAAAAUAUUAUUUAAUUAUUUAAAGGUGUUUUAAACUCCUAUGGGACAUAAUUUAUCUGAAAAAGUGUUAGCUCCUUUGAGGAAAUCAGCUGCUUUAGACAGAUUUGGUCAGCCUUCUGAAUUUGCUGAAUCUGUAAUUGGAAUUUGUUAAUGUUCGUAUUUAACAGGAGAAGUAAUUAGAUUAGAUGGAGGAAGUAGAUUACCAAAUUUCUGAGUAUACAAUAAAC